AUGGCUGCUUCUCUACCACACCCAAAGAUUGUGAAGAAACACACAAAGAAGUUCAAGCGUCAUCACUCUGACCGUUACCACAGAGUCGCUGAGAACUGGAGAAAGCAAAAGGGUAUCGACUCUGUUGUCAGAAGAAGAUUCAGAGGUAACAUUGCCGAGCCAACCAUCGGUUACGGUUCCAACAAAAAGACCAAGUUCAUGUCUCCAUCUGGCCACAAGACUUUCUUGGUUUGCAACGCCAAGGACUUGGACUUGUUGACCAUGCACACCAGAACUUACGCUGCCGAAAUCGCUCACAACGUUUCCUCCAAGAACAGAGCUGCCCUUUUGGCCAAGGCUAAGGCUUUGGGCGUUAAGGUCACCAACCCUAACGGUCGUUUGGGUCUAUCCGCUUAA